UCAGCUGCUGCUGCCGUUCUCUGAGGCAUGCCUGGGCAGUAAAGGGCAAACUGCUGGAAACCAGCAGGAUGGCACCGGUGCAGGGGAUGUGCAGCAGGAAUAUGGACCGUUCAGAUGGUGAUGUGCACAGAAGGUCCAAAAGGAAAAGGAGGAGAAGGAGGAGGAGUAAAGGCAAAGGAUGGAGUGAAGUAAUAUCAGCCUUCAGCAACCCUUUAACACACUGUGAUAAUGAUGUAACAUCCGCUGAAGUCGCCACAAGAUCAAGUUGGACCAGUUUAGACUUGAAAGAGAAUCAAAAUGUGAAAAUCAUUCGGUACAGUGAAGUUUUGAGAAAAUGUCAGCCAACAGUAAUUUGUGCUCCUUCACCCAAACAAAACCAGAUGGUGCUACAGAGAGACCAGCUGUUUUCUGAUGGAAAACACCCUUUGUGCUUUAAAAAGCUCACAUGCUGUCAAAGAUCAGCCUGGACAGUGUCUCCGAAGAAUGCUAUGGAGCAGCUCAAUGAGUUACACCCUGGAUUGCAGUAUGACAUUUUGUCUAAAAGUGGUCCCCUCCAUGCACCAGUGUUUUCUGUUGGUGUGAAGGUUAAUGGUUUUGAGUUUGAGGGUCAAGGAUCUACAAAAAAGCAGGCAAAGAUAAAGGCUGCAGAGCUGGCUCUACAGUCGUUGGUCCAGUUUCCAAACGCCUCCCAGACUCAAAGCACAAUGGAGAACUUUGAUUUUACAGCAGAUUUCUUUACAGAGUUUGAACCCCCUUUGACUGAAAACUGCAAACGUCUGCACUGCAGCGGAGAAAGAAUGCAGGUCCUCUCCAACAUCAGCAAGAGAAGAAACAAACAUUCCUUCACUCUGGACCUAAUUUCCUCAACAAAUCCCAACAGACAGUCUUUUCCUUUAAAACACCAAAGUCCGGUGGCGCUUCUCAAUGAGUUGUUACCAGGACUCAGAUACAUGUGUCAGGUUGAAAGAAUCCAUGGCACACCACUUAAGAACUUCAUCAUGAUGGUUAGGCUGGAAGGGAAGGUAUUUGAGGGUUGUGGUCACAGUAAAAGACAGGCCAAGGCCCGGGCAGCGGCUGCAGCUCUACAGUCUCUUUACAACGUAAGUCUGGGACCUGAAAGGAAACUAAUCAACUCCCAGGGAAGUAGGACCAAACAUCAUCUACCUCAAUUCUUUGCUGAGUCGAUCUAUCACAUGGUUAGAGAAAAAUACAGUCAGCUCACUGAUGGCUGUUCCUCUUCUUCUCACGGUCGUCACAAGGUGCUGGCCGGCAUCGUAAUGACCCGAGGCUUUGACCUCAGAUCAGCCCAGGUUGUGUCUCUGGCCACAGGAACAAAGUAUUUGGACUCUAUGACAGCAAAGGACGAUGGUUGUACUCUCAGAGACUGCCAUGCUGAAGUUCUCAGCAGACGGGCGCUGGUUCGAUUCUUCUUCACUCAGCUGGAGCUGGCACUUUGUGAGCGAGAAGAGGGGGAGGACCAAUCCAUAUUUGUAGCAGAUAAAGACUCCGCCUACCAUUUUCAGCUGCGAGAGGGGGUCCGCUUCCACAUGUAUGUAAGCAUGUCACCAUGUGGGGAUGCUCGACUCAACUCCCCCUAUGAAACUAAGCCUGCAUAUCCCAGCAGGAAGUUUCGCUGCCGCCUCAGAGUGAAGGUGAACGGUGGCGAGGGGACUCUGCCUGUCGUUUCUCAGAGUACCCAUCAGAAAUGGGACAGUGUGGUGCUUGGUCAACCUGUCCACAUGGCAAGCGUGUCCUGCACAGAUAAAAUUGCAAAGUGGAGUGUGGUUGGCCUCCAGGGGGCGCUCCUUACUCGUCUGGUAAAGCCCAUUUACCUGCACAGCCUAACGGUGGGUACCCUGAGCCACACAGGUCACCUGGGCAGAGCCAUAACCUGUCGGCUGGCCGCCGUCAGGCACCUGUUCUCCUUCUACAGACAACAGGAGCUACUCCUCGGCUGUCUCAGCAGCAGAGAGGUUUACACAGCUGGAAAAGCAAGCAAUGUGUGUAUGAACUGGAGCCAUGGUGAAGGAGUUCUGGAGGAGGUCAGCACCACCACUGGCAGGAGGAAGGUGUCAGGGACUCCCUCACAGAUCUGCAGGAAUUCCUUGUUCAGCUACUGGCUGAAGCUGGAUAACAAGCUAAACAAGCCUACUAUGGGACCUGAAGCCACCAAACCAACCUACUCUGCAUCCAAGAUGGCAGCUGGAUGCUACCAGAGGGCAGUUGAGCAGUUCUGCUUUGCUCUGCAGGGCGCAGGUUUUGGAAAAUGGCCUAGAAAAAACGCAGAAACUGGAUCCCUUCAAUGCUAAUGUGUAAAUCUAUGUGCAUCUAUAAAGACUUAUUUGUGUCAGAUUUUACUAAUAAUACUAGCAUUAUCUGUAAGAAUUGAAGCUCAGUUUCUAAACUAACAAAUGACUUUCAGGUUCUGAUUUUCUGAUUUUUUAUUUUUUGUCCCCUUUAAUUAUUUUGCUGGCGUGUUUAGUUUUUGAACCUGGGUCCAUUCUGCUCAGGGUAGCACCCUCCUUUUGUGU